AUGCAUAUACGCACACACGCACACCCACACAUACCCAUACACACACAUAUACAUACACACACAGGCACAUAUACACAUAUACACAUGCAUACACACAUACACACACAUGCAUACACAUACACACACAUAUAUACACAUAAACCAUACGCACAUGCAUACAUACACAUACGCGCACAUGCACAUAUAUACAUACACACAUACACGCACCUACAUACACGCAUACACACACUUACAUAUAAUUCAUACACACAUACACACACAUACAUACAGAUGUACGUGCAUACACAUGCACACAUAUGCGCAGACACACCAUAUACACACCUACACAAACAUACAUAUGCACAUACACACAUACACUUAUACACACAUAUACAUAUACACACACACAUACACUUACAUAUUAAGCAAUAUUUAUCUAUCCAUCGAUUAUUGAUUGAUUGA